AUGGAUCCCCUAACAGCUCUCUCCGUGGCUGGGACUGUCGUGCAAUUCGUUGAUUUCAGUUGCAAGCUGAUAUCCGCAAGCCGGCAAUUGUAUACGAAGAGCGAGCUCGACGUUCAUGGGCAAGCAGCCUCGGCUGCGAACGACAUCCUCGAUUAUACAAUCAAAUUGCGACGAACGUUGCUUGCACCUGGGGGAUCUGCGACCCUGACCGAAGACGACCUCCUGUUGGAGAGCAUAUGCAAAGGUUGCGACGGUUUGGCUCACGAUCUGCUCGCACAGUUAAAUAAGCUCAAGGUUCCGCAAAAGAACAAGCGAAACAAGGCGAUAAUAUGGCCGACUCUCACAACGGCAUUUCAGAGCAUAUAGACGAGAGAGGACCUACUUACUAUCCAGGACAAUUUCUUAAACAAUCCGAACGAUUCGACCGUCUCGAUGCUGCGAACAAGGAACUCGUCACCUCUCUCGUCAAUCAUGCUGCCUCAGACGAUCGCGGACUCCAAGCACAGAUAUCCGCGCUUUCUACACUUCUGGAUCGCGCCGAGGUGGUUAUCGCAACGCAGGAAGAUGCGAAUAAGAGGAUUAUUGUCGAUGUUUUUCAACGAUUUGCAGAUUCUUCAAGCGUUGAAGAGAGUAAUCCGCUCUUGGCUCAAGUCAGAACGGCAGAUCAGGAGAUACAAAAUCUUAUUCCGACCGAGACUCUGGGAAGUCUGCGGUUUCAAUCAAUGAGCGAGCGAUUUGAAGCUGUAGACGAGUCCCAUGCAACGACAUUCGACUGGAUCUUUCGACCAUUUCAAAAUACAGUUCAAUACGCUGAGGGCAGGCGAUGGGGCGACUUCGGCGCUUGGCUUGAAUCUGGCACGGGACUCUACUGGAUCAAUGGCAAAGCCGGAUCUGGAAAGUCCACCUUGAUGAAGUACAUCGUGAACCAUAAUAAGACUUCCUCGCUCUUGAGACGCUGGGCGGAGAACCUGAAGCUCUGUACUAGUGCCUUCUUCUUUUGGAAUAGUGGCUCGAAACAACAGUGCUCUCAAGCGGGGCUUUUUCGAUCAUUGCUAUACGAAAUUUUAGGUCAACAUCCAGAGCUCAUCCCUACGGUACUGCCUGCGCAAUGGGGCGCGAGAUAUUCCGCCAAAUGCCAAGCUCGACAGUGUCCACUCGAGUCCUGGCAACUAUCGACUUUGAAAAUGGCUUUCAAGACACUCAUUGCGCAGAAAACCGUCCCAUUGAAGCUCUGUCUAUUUAUCGACGGGCUAGACGAGUACGAGGGAGACGACGAAGAAAUUGCUGAUCUAUUUGGCAAAGCAUCAAUGUCUGACAACGUCAAGAUCUGCUGCUCUAGCCGACCCCACCAAGCAUUUGAAGAUACCUUUGUAACUCGACCAGGACUCAGACUUCAGGACUUGACCAUCCCGGACAUGAGGAAGUAUGUUCACGACAGACUGGAGAAGAACGCUAGGAUGCAGCACCUUAGCGAAGAGGAGCCUGAAGCAACUAAAGAACUUAUCGAAGAGAUUGGAACUGCAGCAAGUGGGGUCUUUCUUUGGGUGAGACUGGUGGUCUCAUCCUUGCUAAGUGGACUUGGUAAACACGAUGAUAUAUCCUACCUGCAGAUGCGACUGCGAGAAUUGCCUCCGGAAUUAGAUGAUCUCUACGAACAUAUGGUUUUCAAAGUUGACAAAGUCUACCAGAAAGAGACUGCGCAGUUAUUUCAGCUCAUCGGGACUGCAUUUCGAGAUCAGACCGACGACUUCUUCUCUUGGCGAGAAACGAAACAACUUUCUGUUUUGUUACUUUCAUUCGCUUCAGAAAGAGAUGCAACUUUGGCACUAGAGGCGAAAUCCGGGUUCAUGACCAAGGAGAAGAUUACUACUCGGUGCAAAAACAUGGAGAUUCACCUCAGAACCCGAUGUGGAGGGCUUCUCGAGAUACAGUACGGAAAUGAAGAUCCCUACACAACAACAGUCUCUCCUGAUAUGACAGUUGCGUAUAUCCACCGAACGAUCAAAGACUAUCUAGAGCUGUGGGGGACUCGCGAGAAACUAGCAGACCGCUCGGGUAGUCAACAGAACAAUCCCUAGAUGCUAUGACGAUCACCGAACGGCCGCCGUGGGGACUGAUCGAAGACGCCAUAACCUGGGUCCGUCGAGCAGAACGGGAU